CUUUCAGUUGGAAAGCACAUUUACUCAAUUUGAAUGAAUGGACAUUCACUCGGGGGGGUCUAUGGAAUAACAUUUCCAUUCAGCCCUUUUUCUCAUUUUCUCCAUCUUGUCCCUGAGUUUGAAUCGAAGAGACAAACCCUAGAGAUCCCAUCGCCGUCGCGACCACGCGAGCUCCCAUCGCCGUCGCGACCCGAGCCGUUCUUCGGCCUAUCGAUUCUCGCCUUCUCUCUUGCGUUUCUCCUUUCCUCCACUCUGUUUGGCUCGUUCCGACCAAAACGAAGAGGUUCUCGCCGCGCCAGGACGAAGUUUGCCGGCGUACGAUUGGAGGAGACGGUCACGGUUGAUUCCGGCAAGGUCAGGUCGCGGUUGAUUCCGGCAAGAUGGGAAGGCUCUGCAGCUGAUGGUAGAGUAUUACGCGAUGCUCUACGUAGGCAAAUGAUUUACGUGUUCCAAAUGGAUGUUACUAUCUUGUUGAUGUUGGAUACACCAAUUGUAAAGGAUUUCUUGCUCCAUUUUGUGGCCAACGGUACCAUCUCAAGGAAUAGGAAGAUGGACCACAACCUAAGAAUGCACAUGAGUAUUUUAAUAUGAAACAUUCACAUACUAGGAAUGUGAUUGAGAGAUGUUUUGGUGUACUUAAGAGUCGUUGGGCGAUUCUUUGUAGUCCAUCGUUCUUUCCAAUUAAAACUCAAAAUUGCAUUAUCUUGGCAUGUUUGUUACAUAAUUUUAUUAGGUGCGAAAUGCCUAAUGACGUUCCA